CGCCGUGUCAAACAGGGAGUGCUGCAACGUCAUGUGCAAAUGUUCAGGACAUGAAGGCAUCCGUGGCUCUCGGGGCCCCCCAGGGUCAAAGGGCACAGUUGGGCAGAAGGGUCACCCCGGCUUCCCCGGAGAGGAGGGCCUCGCUGGCGGGAGAGGUUUACCUGGACCGAGCGGACCUCAGGGAGUCCAGGGAUGCUCGGGAAUCAGAGGACAGAAGGGCUUCAGAGGGCUGCGAGGAGAAAGGGGCGAAGACGGAGAGGACGGGCUGAGCGGAGUGGACGGAGAACAGGGAGUGACGGGACGGGAUGGAGCCCGAGGAGAGAGAGGACACCUCGGCAACCCGGGUAUCCCAGGAAUUACGGGGGAGACGGGGGUGAAAGGACAGCAAGGACUGAGAGGAGAUCCGGGACAACCGGGGGCCGACAACACCUCGCCCGGAGCCAAAGGCGACCCAGGAAACCCCGGCCUGCCGGGAGCACCCGGGCAGGACGGCCGGUUCGGAGAGUCCGGAAUCGUCGGGAACCCGGGACCAAACGGAAGACGGGGACGACUGGGUGACAAGGGUGCAGCUGGACCACCUGGAGAUCUGGGACUAGAAGGCAGCCCAGGUGCUUCUGGUCCACAGGGUCCCGGAGGGGUCAGAGGUCAGCCUGGCCCGAGAGGAAUCCCCGGCCUUCCUGGACCUCAGGGUGGACCAGGUCCCGCUGGAGACCCGGGCUUACCUGGACGGACCGGUGGUAACGGACAGAAGGGCCAACCAGGAGAUCCCGGUGAUGAGGGCGCACCGGGACCAGACGGACCGCGAGGAAUGCCGGGUCAGGACGGUCGGGAUGGUUACGGACCCGCGGGCCCCCGAGGUGCAAAGGGCGAUCCCGGUUUCCCUGGUUACCCUGGUCUUCGGGGCGAGGAGGGGCUGCAGGGACCGAAAGGAUAUCCAGGGCCCAAAGGGAACCGCGGCCGAGGGGGUAACGCGGGUUUGCCGGGAGAGUCGGGAGUCCCCGGAGAACCGGGAUAUCCGGGACACAGGGGCCCCCGAGGUUCUCCUGGAGGCAAAGCCAUGACUGACUGUCAGCUGAUCACCUACAUCAGGGACAACUGUGCUUGCUCUGCUGGUACGUGUCUCCACUCUAACAGUCAGGUAUCGUGGUGAGUACAGCUCAGCAGC